CAAUAAAAUUGUUAUUUUUAUGUGAAUGUUAUAACCGAGGAUUUUAAUUUCAAUGAGGCUACUAUGCUUGUUUAUCAAAGCAACAAUUUUUAUAACGAUUUUUAUAACGAAAUUAAAACACACAUCACUUAACCCUUUCGCUGUAAACAACAUAACAUCUAUGUUCUUAACAAAUGAGUGAUCAUUGGUAAUAUACAUUUUUAUUCUUUUUAAAUUUAUAUAAUAUUUAUGACAAAAGGAUUAUAUUGCAGACCUACUUACAAUAUUUUUGAUUUGUUGUGAGCAAGAAAAAAGAAUUAUUUCGAGUAGCAAUUAAAACAUUUCUCUAAUCUCAUUUCUGUGGCUUAUAGAAAUUUUCAGAAAUAAGCAUUGUUUCUGUCGGAAAUAUUCACUUUUUGCAUAUGAACGGUUUUCGUCACUAGCGAAAAGGUUUAAGUCAUAGUAUUGCAUUUACAAGCAAAUUUUGAAAAACGGUCAAUAUCUAUGCGAUUUGUGAUUCGUUAUUAUUCAGUCGCAUAUUUAUAUAUAUAUGAAUAUAUAUUUAUAUUCAAUUUAUCAAAUGUGUAAUCAUGUGUGUGUAUACACAACUAUACAUAAUUCAAAAAUGUAAAAUUCAAGAAAUCUACUCUUGGUACAUGUUAAGUUUUAACAAGUUCUAUUUUUUUGUUCCUAGCUCUUCUGCAAUAAAAGAUACACACACACACACACACACACACACACACACACACACACACACACUCGCGCGCGCGCGCAUGUGUAUGUAUAUCUUUUUGUAUGAUGAGGACUACAGCACGUUACGUCACUGUGAAAUAAAACUGCAGUCCUUGAAACAAAGUAAACAAAAAAUGAAUUACCAAUUGAUAUUUCACUGUCAUUAUAUUCGACAGCAAAACAACGAAUUUCGCGGUAAAUAAAAUUUUUAAAAUCCGUUCAAUGUUUUAAGAUUGGCCUACUAAUAAAAUAACAUGUAAAAGAAGAUUGAAUCAAAUCCAAUAUUAUGUCACGAUCUAUAAGAAUUAUGCAUAAAAGUUUCGUGUAUACUCAUGAGCGUUGUAACUAUUGUAAAUUAGGUUUUAUACCAUUUUUGAAUCAUAUAAUCGCAAGGAAAUAAGAUAAAUCAAAAAUUUCUAAUAAUUCCUACAAUUAAUGUCCAUGCAUUGAAAAAUCUAUUUCAAAAGUCGGUUUGAAUGAGACUUGUACAUUAGGUUGUGUGAUUUGAUAAAAUAAACAUUUCUCAGACUUUUGUUUUGUAACAUUUAAUCUUCUUCAUUGCAAUUUUACCUAUUAAAUAAAGAUGUUAAUAAAUGACAAAGUAAUAAAUCAUGCAUAUUUUGCCGGCAUACGUUAUGUGAAAAACCUAUUCUAAACGUAUACGCGCAUAUGCGUCAUAAUGCAAGCGAUUUUCUUUUCUGUAACGGAGGCGGAAGACACAUCUGUUGAACAUAUGAUUCAGGAAACAUCUUGUUAAAGUACUUAUCUGCGACUAGGGCAGACUUCCAUUCGUAAGGCAGAUGUGAAUGCCAUUGGAAGGAGAAUCCCCACCAGCUGGGAGAUGAAAGUUUCCGCCGUAUAAUCAAUAGCAGCUCUGCAGCUCUUACAGCUCACAGUCGCGUGUAUGUAGCUCAAGGACAAACAAGAUGUUGCGUAUAUGAGCGUAUAAAUGUGGAUUAUAUCAUUUAUCGCUAUAUGUAUUAUUUGCGCUUUAACUCUGGAUGGGUUACCUUUGCACAAAGAUUACCGCAUCGGACCGUCGUGAGAGAAAUGACAGAAACGACAUAAAAUAUUGCGUGCGAAGAAAUUGGAUUUAUAAAUCAGAUAUCUUCUACAAUCUUCUGACAAUGUAAACAACGAGCCCACGUCAAGAUCUAAAUAAAGAAAAUGAUUCAUAUACUAUAUAAAUAUACCGUAUUUACCGGAGCAAUGAUAAUAGAUGUAAGUAUCGACGUGCGAUGUUAGCAAUACAUUGUAAGCGAUUGUUAAGACGGCAGGUAACAAGUGGCUGUGGUGCCAUAGUAUUGAUAAAUACUAUUGAUAAAUUAUUGAGAAGAGAAUCAUAACACAAGUGAUACCGCGUAGUACAUAAGUGCAAAAGUGGAGUAUCGAAAGCACGAAUUAUAUUUCAUAUUCUACAAAAAGAGAAAUAUUAAACUUUAUGUUAAACUUUAUGUUAAGCUUACGAAUGUAAACAACUUUAAAUAUCUUUCUAAGAAAUGAAAGGCGGAGAUACGGAUGAUUGAUUGUUCUAAAAUGACGGCGGCGGCGAACAGUGGAGAAUUUAUACAAAAAACAUUUCUUACAUUAACUGAAAAUUAUAUUCGACACGGGGCUACGAUAAACGAUUUAAAAUCCAUCACUGUGAUUGCUAACACAAAAAGUAUUAAGAAUUGUAGCUUUACAACCGUGCGUUCAAAAAAAUUGUUCUUAUCGGUGAUGUUAUUCGUGCCGUUUUUCUAUGGCAUAUUUGAUAAAUAUUUUUACACUAACAUAAUUAGAAGUUUUCAAGGAACUCGAUGUUUACUGCCAAAUAAUUAUCUCGUAUGGGAAUUUACGAGACCGAUAUCGAAUUGCGAUUACUGUCGCGACGUUGAAUCACCGUUAAUCUUGCAAAAUCUGACUAAACAGGAAUUUCGUUUUUAUUCCUAUUCAUCUCGACCUAUGAUAAUAAAGAAUGCAGCUUAUGAUUGGCCUGCACGUAAAGAAUUUACUCUAGACUUCUUUCGAAAUUUGUAUGAACAUACCGAAGGUGCUUACGAGUCGGUAGAUGAGGAAUGCCAAUUUUUGCAUUUUAAAAGUAACUUUGCGAAUCUGCGCGAGGUGUUUGCAAUGAGCGAAGAUCGAGCGUUACAUCGGGAAGGCGAAGAUUCCUGGUACGUCGGUUGGAAAAAUUGCCAUCCGCAGAUCCUAGACGCUAUGAAGCAAUUCUACGACAUACCUCACUUCUUGCCGGAUGACGCGGAAAUUCCAUACAGCAAUUAUAUCUUUAUGGGCUAUGAGGAAGGUGCCGUUAUGCACCUGGAUUAUAUAUCGAGACUUAUGUGGCAAGCUCAGGUAACAGGUAGCAAAACGUGGACCGUGGCCCCAACGCCGGAAUGCGAAAGCGAAUGUAAAUCUUUUAAAUUCUCCGUCAAUGUAGCGGAUGUCGUAUUAUUGGACACGCGGAUUUGGUACCACAGUACCCACAUCGAAAAUGGAACUCUUAGUCUGACAGUCACCUCCGAGUAUGGGUAGACUUUUAAAUCUUUUUUACAUGUUUUUCAAAUUGUAUAUUUAUAACAAAUCACGAGUACAAACUACUUGGAUAGGAUUCUAGGUAGUUGUCUUUUUUUAUCUUUUUGCAAAUAUAUUGAUUGGAGAAAUUUGAAUACAGAAUAUAUAUAUCGAUACCAUUUUAUAGUCAGCAUUUUAUUCGAUGCUGACAUUUUUUUCUUAUAUACAGUUAUCUCAACGAAUAAAAUUAAAUUAUUAAGUAGGAAGAUUUAAUUGUAUACAUUUUAAAUAAAUGGCCAUUGUAUCCAUAUAAGAAUAUCGUCUCGUAAUAUAAGCUAUCUUUUAUUUAAUUGUAAAUAGAAAUCGUCUCUUUCUUUUCGAUUAUUUGAAGAAAUAAUUUUGUCAAAGAUGUAUAUAUAAAUCGAUAUCGGUUUGUGCUUUUACACUCGACUGCAUUCAUAGUGUCAUAAUAUAAAUACAUUGUAUAAAUAUAUUUUUGUAAUUUCGAA